GCAUGUGGACAGACUGUGGUGCUGCUGUGAUACUACCAACAGGCGGGACUGUGGCUCUGCAGUGUGAUCGUGAGCUGCACAGCUGGAACAUGAGCAGAGGGCUGGCACGCGGUCCAGCUGCGACCAGAUGACUGAGGACCGCCAGCAUCAACGCCGAACAAGGACCCGGGUGUUUUCUCUUCUAAUGAGUUCUGGUGGAGUUCGAUCAUCGGCGCGUCUCUCUGCAUGACCUGGUGCGUCCACUCCGUUGCUGAAAAGGCGUUUUGAAUUGCUGGUGCUGGUAAUGUAACGCGAUUCAUCUCAGUGCUCAUUCCACAACUCACCACUGUAAGUGAGAGCAUGGGACCCUUCAAACUCUAAAGUGAGAAGCAGAGUCAAGAGUCAGACCGCAGGGAGAGAGGAACAAGGGAAAAAACAGAGAGGAAAGGAACUAUGGAGUCCAUAUUAUCGGAGCAGUCGGCCACAGUGGACGAGCUGUUGGAAGCGUGCAUCCAAGCCUUUGAUGAGAAAGGUACUUUAAAGGAUGCUUCCUUGGUCCGGAUGUUCCUCAUGAUGCAACCCUGGUACAUCCCUUCAUCCGACAUGGCUAAGAAGCUGGUGCUCAAAUCUCAAGAGGAGAGCUGCAAUGCUGAGCGUCGAACAAGAAUAUGCCACCUUGUCAAGUAUUGGAUCUCUGAGUUUCCAGCAGAGUUCAAUCUGAACCCAGAGCUGGCGGACCAGAUCAAAGACUUUAAAGACCUCUUGACCACCGAGGGCAACGAGCGCCAGAGUCAGCUCAUUGACCUCGACAGUGUGCCGUCAUAUAAAUGGAAGCGGCAGGUGACUCAGCGUGUCCCAUCAGUGUCCAAAAAGAGGAAAAUGUCCCUGCUGUUUGACCACCUCGAUUCCUGUGAACUGGCUGAACACCUGACCUACCUGGAGUACAAAUCCUUCUGCAAGAUCCUGUUUCAGGACUAUCACAGCUUUGUGAUGCACGGUUGCACAGUGGAUAACCCCAUCCUGGAGCGUUUCAUCACCCUUUUCAACAGCGUCUCCCAGUGGAUCCAGCUCAUGGUGCUCAGCAAGCCCACCGCCCCGCAGAGAGCUGCCGUCAUCUCCCACUUCAUCAGAGUGGCACAGAAGCUACUGCAGUUGCAGAACUUCAACACGCUGAUGGCGGUGGUGGGCGGCCUCAGCAACAGCUCCAUCUCUCGUCUCAAAGACACGCAGGCCCACAUCAGCGCAGAGACCAACAAGGUCUUUAACAAUCUCAUCGAACUGGUGACAUCAUGUGGGAACUACAGUCAAUACCGCAAGCGUUUCUCCGAGUGCUCAGGCUUUCGAUUCCCUAUCCUCGGCGUGCACCUGAAAGACCUUAUAGCCGUGCACGUGGCGCUGCCAGACUGGGCAGACAAAGAGAAAACGCGGGUUAACCUGACUAAGACCCAACAGCUGUACACCAUCCUUCAAGAGCUGGCGCAGAUCCAGACCACCCCGCCUAGCAUCGAUGCCAACACAGACUUGCUGAACCUGCUUACGGUGUCUCUGGACCAGUACCACACAGAGGAGGAGAUCUACCAGAUGUCCCUGCAGAGAGAACCUCGCAAGCCAGCUCAGAACUCCAGCCCCUCCCCAACGCCUGACCCCAAGCCGACCAUGAUCGAUGACUGGGCGGUGUCGGUGAAACCCAGCGCUGACCCGACGAUCAUCAAGAAACACAUAGAGAAGAUGGUGGAGUCGGUCUUCAAGAACUUCGAUACCGACGGUGAUGGCCACAUCUCCAGGGAUGAAUUUGAAGCAAUCAGGAACAACUUUCCUUACCUCAGCAAGUUUGGAGAACUGGACAAAAACCAAGAUGGGAAGAUCAGCAGAGAUGAGAUGAUAGACUACUUUAUGAAAGCCAGCUCCCUGCUUAACUGCAAGAUGGGUUUCAUCCACACUUUUACUGAGGCCACCUACGUCAAACCCACAUUCUGCGAGCACUGCGCCGGCUUUAUAUGGGGCUUCUACAAGCAAGGCUACAAGUGUAAAGCCUGCGGGGUGAACUGCCACAAGGCCUGCCGAAGCCGCCUGGCUGUUGAGUGCCGGAAGAGGACCAAAAGCAUCAGCCACGAGACGCCGCCGGCUCUCCAGGCCAGAUCUUACAGCUUCCCUCCACCUGCCAACACCCCACCCAGCCUGCAGAACACAGUAAUUGCUGAAGAGGAUAUAGAGACAGUGGAGGAAGGAGUGUUUGAUGUCCACCUAUAACCAGAAUCCCUCCUCCGGUUGCCGUGCAAGAAGCCAAAACAGCUGACUGUCGGAAUGUGCAACAGUAUGUCAGUUUUACAGCCCUCAACACUGAGGAGAAAUUGCACUGAACACAAGCCAGGAUACCUACAUGCUGCCACACAGCGGACACAUAAUGCAACAGCAACUCCACUCCAGCUAACUCACAUGAAUGUGAUGACCAAUGUGAAUGGAAAGGCUUUGUAUUAUUUCUAUGUAAAAAUUCUGCAUUUUGAUUGUUGAUGUCAGCCAAGAGUGUUACUUUAAAACUGAUUAUAUAUUAAAAAAAAAUAAAAAAUCCUCAAAAUUGUAUUUUCUUGUUGGAAUGUUAAAGUCUGUGAAUUUGAGCUGCAAAUUGGAAUGGCUGUCUACUUUUUCCUGUAAAACACAAAAGAGGUGCUGUUAUUGCCAAGAAUGUAAACCUGCCACCCAGACUAAGCCUAAGUCUUCUUGUUUUGAAAUACAUUUCAAUGGACUAAUAAUAGGACCAAUUUUGAUGUCAGAUAAAGUAUUGUUAAUGUUAUGGUGCACAUCUGAAGCACGAUGACAAAAGUAACCAUUUUGCCGACAAAAGAAGCAGCUGAAAUGACUGUGUGGACAGUUAUAAUUAGGAUGGACUUUUAACUAUGUUAUAUUUUUGUCAUGUUUACCUGAAUAUCAGUAACUGUCCUAUAGCUAUUGCUGUUGUGUUGUUUUCAGCUGUCAGCUAGAUGAUCAAUUAUCGUGCAGUACUGUGAAUGUAGCAGAAACAGUGACAUACCGCUGUCAGAUGAAGAACUCAUCUUUCCAAAUAAAUAUGUUGACAGCAAGAGAGCGGGGAGGAUGUCCCUCUGAUUACUCUUCUCGGUUUUUAAACAAGCUUUGAAGUUAGUAAAAAUGAAAUAAGAUAAAGAAUAAUACUAAACCUGUAAUGAGUAAUGAGGCUUUUCAUUUGACAGCAGCGUAUAAAUAUUAUUUCCCUGAGAAUCUGUUUUGAUGCAAGUUGUGUUUUGCUGUUUUUAUCCUGCAUGCUUCUCCCUUCAUGGCUCUAUUCUUUGGCCAGAUGUCUCUGUUGCAAAGGAUUUUGUACUUUUUUUUAAAAUUUUGCACGGCAAGUUAUAAUUUAUUUAGGCAACAUGAAGUCUUGAAAUUCCAGACAGAGCAAAUAUUUCUGUUGCGUUGUGCCCGUAGAGAGAUGAAUUCAGACUUCGAGUGCCAUAUUGUUAACUGCUGGUUUGUCAUUGAAUGAGACUCCUCACAUUGCUGGUAUUUAUUUUUAUGUAUAAAUAGCUAAAUAGCUGCCAGUCCUUUUGUGUCUCUCCCUGCCUGACGAAGGAUGUUUGUUGUCAUUCUGUGAAUGAAUCUUUCAGACAGAUGUCAUGUUACUCAUUGUGGUCCCCAGACAACUCCCCAGUAUUAAAUGCAGCAGGCAUCACUAUAAUAUCUGUUCUGGUUGAGAAUUUAUGUGGCUAAUAAGAAUGAUACUAAAAAAAAGCAA